AUUGAAUUGUGUGCUCCUCUCCGGCUCUGCCCUCCGGAAUAUCGCAGCCAUGGUCAGAAUCAUUAUCAAAGGAGGCGUCUGGAAGAACACGGAGGAUGAGGUCUUGAAGGCGGCUAUUGCGAAGUACGGAAAGAACCAAUGGGCACGGAUAUCUUCCCUGCUUGUGCGCAAGACGCCAAAACAGUGCAAGGCGCGGUGGUACGAGUGGCUGGACCCAUCCAUCAAAAAGACGGAGUGGUCAAAGACGGAAGAUGAGAAGCUCCUCCAUCUUGCAAAGCUUAUGCCGACCCAAUGGCGGACUAUCGCGCCCAUAGUCGGCCGGACGGCAACGCAGUGUCUUGAGCGGUAUCAGAAACUGCUGGACGAGGCGGAGGCGAAGGAGAACGAGGAACUGGGGCUCGCAGGCACGGGAGGCGAGGACCAUCCCGCAGAAGACAUUCGGAGGUUGCGACCAGGAGAAAUUGACCCGGACCCGGAGACGAAGCCUGCGCGCCCUGAUCCUAUUGACAUGGACGAGGAUGAGAAGGAAAUGCUUUCGGAGGCGCGUGCGCGUCUUGCUAACACGCAGGGAAAGAAGGCAAAGCGGAAGGCGCGCGAACGUCAGCUGGAGGAAGCAAGGCGCUUGGCAGUGCUGCAGAAGAAGCGAGAGUUGAAAGCGGCUGGGAUUAUCAUGCGUCACAGGACGAAGGUCAAGGGAAUGGAUUAUAAUGCGGACAUUCCAUUCGAGAAGAAGCCUGCUGCAGGCUUCUACGAUACUUCGGAGGAACAGGCGCGCAUAACAUCUGCUCCUGUGGGCCAGUCCCUGCGGAGGCUUGAGAACAAGCGCAAACCCGAAGAAGAGGAGGCGGAGAGGAAGAAACGUCAACGUCGCGACGCCGCUGGCAAAGAAAGCCAGGGUCCUCACCAGACAAAGUUCAUUCCUGCUCGUGAUGCCCAGAUCCAGAAGCUCAAGGAGGCCGAGUCUAUCGGAAAGCGCCGAAAGCUUGUUCUUCCUGGCGCACAGGUCGGCGAGGCUGAGCUGGACGAGAUCGUCAAGAUUGGUCAGACAGGCGAGAGCGUGAAGGCAUUGGUUGCUGGUGGUAGUGAGGCGACGAGCAAACUGUUGAGUGACUAUGAAGGUCUGGAGGGUGCUCGUAUGGCUCGGACACCUCGUACUGCACCACAGCAGGACAACGUCAUGUCAGAAGCGCGCAACUUGCGUAAUAUGACGAUGGCACAAACUCCCUUGCUGGGUGACGAAAACACGCCGCUACAUGCUAAUUCCGAUGGUGGUACUGGCUUUGAGGGUGCUACUCCUCGUCACCAAGCCGCAUUCACUCCCAAUCCCCUCGCAACUCCUCGUACUGAUGGUCAAAACGGUGAUGUUCCAGCAACGCCGCGGGAUGGCGCAGUGGGCGCCACUCCCCUUCGUACCCCUCGUGACAGUCUCAAGAUCAACCCGGCAACAGGCAUGCCAAUUGGGGAGACGCCUCGUGAACACCGACUGAGGGAUAACUCGGCAAAGCGCGCCCUGCAGGCUGGUUUCAUGAGUCUUCCUAAGCCCGAAAAUAAUUUCGAACUACUUGUCCCCGAUGAAGAAGAAGACACCGAGGUUGAGGGUGGCACUAUAAUCGAGGAAGAUGCCGCGGAGCGAGAUGCACGUAUAAAAAGGAUACAAGAGGAGGAGGAACGGAAAGCUCUGGCUCGACGGUCUCAGGCCGUCCGUCUUGGUCUACCACGACCGGCACGGGUUGAGCUCGAUGUUCUUCUCCGUAAUUUGGACAUUGGGGAGAACGAAGAUGAGGAUGUUGAAGCAAGGAAGCUUAUCGACCAAGAGCUCGGUCAACUCAUCCUGCAUGAUUCUAUUGCUCAUCCGCUCCCUGGCACCCACUUGCCCGGCGGCACCGUUUCGACAUACCUGAUCCCUCCCGAUGAAUAUGUUGCCACUGCCAGAGAUCUGGUCCAUCAAGAGCUGGCCGGAUCGGUCGGCGCCCCUGGUGCAAACGAGGAGCAGGUCAAGGAGGGUCUCGCUGCAUUGUUGAAGAAUGAGGAGAUCGACGAGUCCCAGUCCUGGGCCCACACUCGUCGGCAGCUCGCGUUCAAUGCCGAAACCCGCACCUGGGUAGACCCCGACAGCAUGACGCUCGAGGAACGGAUCGCCGGGUAUUCGGCUGUGCUCGCCGAGCACCGUGCGCAGAUGACCAAGGAGGCGAACAAGGUCUCCAAGGUCGAAAAGAAGCUCAACAUCACGCUCGGUGGGUAUCAGGUGCGCUCCAAGGCGCUCGCGAAGCGCGUCACGGACGCGUUCGACGAGCUCGCGCGCGACCAGGUGGACUAUGAGAGCUUCGCAAGGCUGGGCGCAAGCGAGAGCGUCGCGGGCCCGCGCCGUGUGUCUGCGCUGAAGGAGGAGGUGGAGGUGCUCGAGCGGAGAGAGCAGCGCCUCCAGGAGCGGUAUGCGGAACUGGAUCGCGAGCGCCGGGACGCGGAGGCAAGGAUUUCGGCGCUCGAGGAGAAGAUGAUGUUGGAGGCGGAAGCGCUCAACGAGGCGGCGCUCGCAGAGAUGGACGAGCAGUGAUCACUCGUAGAGUACUCGUACACCUUCAUGCAAACUACUUUGUGUUUGUAUUGCUAUUGGUUACUGCGCUUUGCAAUAAAACGCGGAAUCGCAACUUUGG